UCGCAGAAGUGGCGAAAGUGCUGUACCGGCUCACGUUGUCUUCAGUCUGAAAAAAGAUAUCAUUCUCAUAUCACUCCGCAUUGACGCCACCAACGCCGAGGCUAUUGACCAAUCCAAAGAGGAAUUCUUGGGGAUGAGAGUAGACAUCGAUAUCAGAGCAAGGGUGCUUAGUCCUCGUUGCCGACUCGGAGACUUCAUGUGCUUAGUCAGCAGCCACGCCGGCUUUGGCGGACCGUCAAGCUUUUCUCCAUCCUCAACCACCUCAACGCUUCGACAUCCUUGCCGUCGAAUUCGACAUGUUUUCUGCCACCAGAUGUGUCACUUCCAGAAUGCGUCUAUGUACUCUUCGAACAUAUGCAAAAAAAGCACAACACCAAACGGAGGGAUCCACAAAGACAUCGACGCGGGAUCCACAAAUAUGUAUGGUGACACCAGUCGCGGAAAGAAACGAACGAUAAUCGAAAUCCAUAGAAACAAGGAACCCUCCCUAGAGGGGAAUGCGUUCACACCAACUCUCCUGGCGAAAUCUAUUCCAAAAAGCCGGAUUUAUCGGGUGACUUUCUUCCACGGAAACGUCCCUGAAUGUGUACAAGUGCUCAAAAAGCUCCGUGGAGUCGAAAAACUCCUUCCCUUCUAUCUACACCCGGAGAGCCGGAACCUUGGCAACUCUCACAACACCGAGCCAGUCACGCUACAAGUCGAGGGUAAAGCCAUCCCAAAUCUCGAGGAGGUUCAAUCUAUCAUCGACUUUGAUGGCGACAUGAAGUUCAUACGGCAAAGCAAAGCCCAAACCCACAACCUUCAAGGGCUCAUGGAGAGCCUAGAGAGCAAUCCCGAAUGUAUGCGCCUCCCCAUUAUAAUCGACUGGACGUCAAAGAGAGUCCUCAAGGCUGCAGAGUCCCGCAACUACCCAAAGAUCAUGUUCCGGGAGAAGAAGUCGAAGGAGAGGUAUAUGCUCAGGUUGUUGGUGGACCAGAUUUUUGCAAAGGUGAAGAACAAGCUUCGGACUUGUGAUGCGUCGAACGCUGUCCAGACGAAAAACUGGUUUGAUCUGGUCAAAAAUGAAAUCAAACUUCGAAAGUCGCUGUUCAUCCAGACUUAUGGACAUCCGUAUGAUCAAUUGCGCUAGGGUAUCGGUAGCG